AACAUACAUCGAAUGGUGUUUUAAACAGAGGAUACGGACAGAUUAAACCCCAGCACAUUCAGCGCAGCCCCAUCUGCUGAGCGGAGCACUUAAUGCGCAUGCGCAGUUUGCCUUUUGAUUUCUUAAUAUUUAAUAUCAGUGUCCGCCGUUCAUUUCCAAAGCAUCUGCUCAAAUUCAGAAGAACGCUCUGACAUCUGUUCUGACCAUCGAGCUGAACGCCAGCCUCCUCGAUCUGAUUCGAUAAACUUCGCUCCUAAUCAGUCCAAAUUCAUCCUUCACACCAAAAUGGGACAAAAAUGUCAGAUUUAACCCUUUCCGUCCCGCUGGCGACAUUAAAGCGAGAUGAUGAUGCGUCCGGUGUCCAGCAGCGGCGGCAGCGGUGUGGGCAGCAGUGAGUACUGUAUGGACAGCAGAGCGUCGUGUCUAGCGGAGGACGAGCGCUUGUCUCCUAGUCACUUUGAUCUGUGUCCCACUAAGUUCUUCCAGUCCGCCAGCGCUGCGCGCCCCCGUCAGACCUGCUUCUCGUACCUGCCCCCGCCGACCCCGGGGCUCCUGAAAGUUGCAUCAUGCCGUCAGGAGCCGCUCCUGCCACAGGGGCCCGCCGGCGCUCCGGGCACCAACAAGAGCUCCGACCCCAAGAAGAAGGCGGCGUCAGGGCGGUCAGGGAAGCGCGGACGUCCCACCGGGACCACCAAACUCGCCGGAUACAGAACCAGCACCGGCAGACCGCUGGGCACCACCAAGGCUGCAGGCUUCAAGACCAGUCCAGGACGGCCCCUGGGAACCACCAAGGCAGCGGGGUAUAAAGUGAGCCCCGGGCGGCCCCCGGGCAGCAUUAAGGGCCAGCCGCGGCUCAGCAAAGUGGCCUACAGCUCCUGCAGCGCCGCCGCGUUCCCCUACAGCAUCAUCAACAAACCUGCAGCCACCUCCACCGCAGAGAACACACUCAAAGAGGAGCAGAGAACGGAAUCACCAAAGAUGUUGCUGCAGGCUCCGCCGUUCCUGCUGAGCGGCUUCCCGAAGACUCCUCCGCCGCUGGCGCUGGUGUCCGCUGAGGUGUUUUCCCAGAGCUCCUCGUGUCCUGACGGCGGCCCGGCGAGAGCGCUCACACUGCCUGUACACAGCGCACUGCCCUCGUACUCCUGAACUCAACACACACACACACACACACACACACACACACACUCACACACACGUACAACAUCUGCCCAACAGUCAAAGUUUACUUCUGUUCACUUAUUUCCCAAGAGCUGUUCAGCAGAGGGACUUUACCAAUACAUAAUCACUAUGAUUAACUCACUUCUAAUUAUUCAGUUAUCUUCUACUAGUUGCAGGAUACUAGUGUUCAGCUUAAAGUCGCCGUGAAUCUAAACCCACUCUUCUCAUUUGUAUAUGUGUAUAGUAGUGCUUGUUAUUUCCUGUGUGUCUGUGCACUUCAUUAUUCAGUAGAAAUGUGUUUCCCCCAUAAUCUUUAAUCAAAUAUCAUCACCUUCAGUCUCCAUCGAAACCACUUUAGUCUUUUAGGGCGGGGCCAUUUAUACUUUAGGGCAGGGCGAUUAGUCAUUUAGGGCGGGGCCAUCCAUACUUUAGGGCAGGGCUUUCAUUCAUUUAGGGCAGAGCUAUUAGUCAUUAAGGGCAGUGGUCCCCAACCCCUGGGCCAAUUGGUACCGGGCUACCGUUUUAUUGAUUAUCCGAGUCUGAACGAUCUUUUAUUUUGAAAAAAGGCCGUAUUGUCUUGGCUACAUCUCGGUCAUUUGAGUGCCAAAAUUAACCCACAAGCAGCAAAAUGAAUAGGAAACAGAUGUCUUUUCUAAAGUUUCUUUGCAGAGGGGAAAAGGACCAGUGAACGGAUCUGCAACCCAUUUGUCAACAAAUCAGGUGAAUCCAGCAAGUCUGUGCAGGAAGAUUAAGUGAUGGAAAUGACAGCGGUCAUUCACAUAUCACAUCUUUUCCGCACACAAGUUCGUUAUUUCAAAUUGAGGUGCACGGCAUCGGCAGGCAUAUUGGGAGUCAACGCACUCGCUCCUUCCAGCACACCCAGUUGAAUUUAGGGCAGUGGUCCUCAACCACCAGGCCGUGGACUGGUAUCGGUCCGUGGAUUAAUUGGUACCGGGCCGCACAAGAAAUCAUUAAUUAUUUCAGUUUUGUUUAUUAUCUGAGUCUGAACGAUCUUUUAUUUUGAACAAUCUUUGAAAAUGAGCGUAUUCUCUCAGCUACAUCUCGGUCACUUGAGCACCAAGAUUAACACACAAGCAGCUGAAUGAGUAAGAAACAGACGUCUUUGGAAAGUUCCAUUGCAAAGGGAAAAGUCCCAGUGGAGGACCCACAAACUGCCAAGGAAUGAAUCCGCAACCCAUCUGUUAACAAACCAGGAGAAUCCAGCAUGUCUGUGCAGGAAGAUGAACUGCUGGAGAUCCCAAAUGAUGUUCCCAUAUCGUGUCUUUUCUAAAGUUCACACAAGUUCGUUAUUUCCAUUGGAGGUGUGCGGCUUCUGUGUGCAAGUGGCGUGACGCGAUCGCACCUUACAGAUGCACCCAGCUGAAUGAAUCCCACGAGUGCACUGUGACCUAUGUGACAAGAACUGAGCGAUCAGCUUCAGUAGACUAUCUCAAACACAGAACACCCAAACCCUGCAGUGCUUUUCCAUAUGUAAAUCUUGUAUCAGAGUGACAGCAAUGAUUUGUCAGCUUGACAUCCUCUGAGGAAACGGUUGCUGCUCGCCUAGCAACCUACAAAACCUCGACCCCUGGUCCGCAGUAAAAUUGUCAAGCGUUGACCGGUCUGCGGUGAUUAAAGGUUGGGGAGCACUAUUUUAGGGCAUGGCUAUCCUUCAUUUUGGGUAGGACUAUCUGGGCAUGUCUCAGUUCUGCCCUGUCUUUGUUUACUUGUCAAUCUUUCCUCAUUUUGUUAGCAGUGCACAUCUUCCUUAAUUGGUUCCCGGAACUAAACCAUAACCUUUUCUAAUUUCACUCGUAUGUACAUCACCAUAUAGGAAACUCAUGUUAAUUAUGUUAAUUAGGCAAGUCAUUGGACAAUAGUGGUUUGUUCUGUAGCCAAUAAAAGGGGCUAAUAAUAUUGACCUUAAAAUCUUCCUACAAAUGUAAAAAAUUCACUUAAAAAGCUUUUACACAGCCAUUACAACCAACCUAAAGCAUUAAUACACAUAUAAUAGUGUACACUGAGAAAAGGUUCCUGCUCUGGUGGGAAUAUCUGAAACAGAGUCAGACUUUGACAGGAGGGCGAAUGAUUGUGUUGAUCUGUCGCUCUCUCGUGUCCACUGCAUGUCACGCUGGGUUAUUAGUGGCUGGGUUUUACCGUAGUUUCACCACGUUGAAGACGCUACGAGUGCAAUACUUCUCCAUGUUCAGUCAUUCAGCACUCCACCAAAGACCGCUCUGUAGCGCGUGCAUGAUCAUGGACAUCAGACUCACACACACACACACACACACACACACACACACACACACACACACACACACACACACACACACACACACACCUUGUUUCCUCCUGUAUGUAGUCUUCUCUGACGAGUGUUUUCUCUGUGUGGGAAUGCUGUGAUGUGAAAGUCUUCUUCUUCUUGCUUUGCUAAUUCAGACAGUAGUGAUUAGCCUGUAUCUAGCGCUGCUUUUAUCUUCCACUUUUCUUACAUUGCUGUGUGACCUGAGGGAUUCUCUUUCUUUCACUUUGGUAUACAGUGAGAUUAUGCCUAUAUUUACAUGUUUGUGUAUGUUUUAUUAAAGUCUAUCUACA